AUGAAGCUCUCGGGCCUGAGCUUCAAGGCCAUCGUGGCCUCGCUGCUGCUCGCAUCGGCCUCAGUCGCCGAGCACACGAGCAACUGGGCCGUCCUGGUCUGCACAUCGCGCUUUUGGUUCAAUUACCGUCAUCUCGCCAAUGUCCUGUCCAUGUAUCGAACGGUGAAGCGCCUUGGCAUCCCCGACUCGCAAAUCAUCCUCAUGCUGCCCGACGACAUGGCCUGCAACCCCCGAAAUGCGUUCCCCGGCACCGUCUACAGCAAUUCGGACCGUGCGGUCGACCUGUACGGCGACAACAUCGAGGUCGACUACCGCGGUUACGAAGUCACUGUUGAGAACUUUAUCCGUCUCUUGACGGAUCGUGUCGGCGACGAAACACCCCGAAGCAAGCGGCUGCUGACCGACGACCGAAGCAACAUCUUUGUGUACAUGACGGGUCAUGGUGGAAACGAGUUUCUCAAGUUUCAGGAUGCUGAGGAGAUUGGCGCAUUCGACCUUGCCGAUGCCUUUGAGCAGAUGUGGGAGAAAAAGAGAUACCACGAGAUUCUAUUCAUGAUCGAUACCUGCCAGGCAAACACUAUGUACAGCAGACUUUACUCUCCCAACAUCAUCGCCACUGGAUCAUCCGAGCUCGACCAAUCAUCAUACUCGCACCAUGCCGACAGCGAUGUCGGCGUCGCAGUCAUCGACCGAUACACCUACUACAACCUGGAAUUCCUAGAAGCCCAUGUACAGGACCUCAGCAGCAAAAAGACCGUCGGCGAGCUGUUUGACAGCUACGACUUCGACAAGAUCCACUCCACCGCUGGCGUCCGCUAUGAUCUCUUCCCCGGCGGAGAAGAGGCCGCGCGCAGCCGCCUCAUCACCGACUUCUUCGGCAACAUUCAAAACGUCGAGGUCGACCGAGCCAAGGACCUAGCCUUGGAGGAAGAGCUAGUCGAGCUAAGCAAGACCAUUGCCAUGCUGAGGAAGAGGGAAGCCGAGGAGGAUGCGGCCCGCCACAACGUGUCGUCCAUUCCCGCCAGCGUUCCCACGGCGCCGCCGAGGAAAAUCCAGGGCGCCAAAGCUCUCACCGAGGAUGACUGGUGGACGAAGAAGGUCAUUGGAGCCACGGCGCUCGCUGGAUGUGCGCUAUUGUGGGGAGUUGGCACAUUGUUGGAAGCAUAA